CUCCCCGCCCAACUCGCCCACCUCUACCUCCUCCCACUCAACAUCCAUGCCCGCCUCCAAAGCAUCCAUCUCCACCACCUUACAAUAAACAUCAUAGCACACCCUCCUAUCCGCUCCUAAUCCAUUGAAGAACCCGAAUCUGCCUUCACCAUCCAGGAGUCCGGGCACGAAUUCAGUGAAGAAGAGUUUAAGUUGGGAAUAAUCCUCGCCGAAAGUGUCGAAGUAGAUAGCAUCGUAGACUUCCCCGGAUUGGAGGAGCUGCGGACAGAUAUCCUGCCAUUUCCCCGCAUGGAUUCUAUACGCUCCCUCCUUCCCACUUCCUUCCUCCCCAGCACUAGGGGCAGACUCCUCCCAACUCUUCCCAAAAUCUGAAUCCUCGCUAGCUAGUUUUUGCAGGACCGCGGGAUGUGCUUCGAGAAUAUGAUGACGGGCAGGUUUCGUGUCCCGAAACAUGCGGUCCACGAUGCCCAUUCCGAAUCCGAUGUUGAGGAUUCGGGAGCCGGGUUUGAGGUCUGGGAUUAGGAGGUCUACGGUUCGUCGCAUGAUGGCGGUUUCCCAGGACAUCAUUACGCCGUUUGCGUCGGAGUCGAGGAGGGCGGAGUCUGUGAAGGUGAGGUUUGAGGCGAGAUAGUCGGCGGAAUUGACGUCUUGUUUGGGGGCUUGUGUUUCGUUUUGGUGGGAGAGGGCGACUUCUUCGGCUGGUCCGACAGCGAGUUCGUGGGUAGCAGUCUCUGUUGUUCCAUUCGUGUCCUGCGCGGUCUCUCCCUCCCUAGCUUCCACACCAGUUUCGACUUCAGUGCUCUCCUCCAUCUCUUCAUCCGUAUCCUCUCCCUCAAGCUCCUCAUACCCACCCAUCAGACCCAACAACAACUCCGCUCUAACUCCAGCGUUCACACACAUAUCAUAUAACUCCAUCCUCCCCAACCUAUACGCCAGGCACCCAGGCGUCUCAUUAUUCGCAUCGAGAUCAUUCCAUAUCGCGCCGCUGAAGAAAAGCUCCUCUAUGACCUUCUUCACUUUCUCAAUAUCGACUUCUUCGUCCUCCUCUUCGUUGGCACCCUCACCCUCUUUCACAGCCCCUCCAGUUGUAAACUCCUCUCCAUUUUGAGUCGCAGACGAUUUCACAGGUCCGCAAGCAGCAAUAGCAGCGUGUAAAGGCGUAUAUCCCGUUUCUGGAUCCUGGACGCUUGCGUUUCCUGGGACGCGAAGGAGGGGUUUAAGAGCUUGGAGGUCGUGUUGCGAGGCGUGGAGGAGGAUGGAUUGUGUGGUUAUGUCGACUGCAGAUGAGGGGUCUGGGGCGAAUGCUGGGUCUUUCAUUUUGAGUUAUAGGGGAUAAUGUGAAGUGUGUGUUUUGAGGGGUUGGGAGAGAAGAUGGAGAGCUCGACGUUUUUUCUUGGAGGGGUCGCUGGAUUGGGAGGGGUUUGAGCGGUGAAGGGGGCAGAACUUUGGAUUGUGGUCUUGGCAAUCUGGCUCGUCUCCCUCCAUCUCAACCGCAAGUUCAUUGCUUCAUCGUUACAUGCGUACGAAACACAGCAUCUUCGCGAAUUAUCCUCCGUCUUAUGCUCCAAGAUUGUUUAAUCCUGUUAGGCGGGUUCGGAGAGUCCUAUUCCGUACUAGAUUCAGAAGGGUACAAAUACCGUAUCUAGUCGCGUCGACAUGCAACGUUCUCAUUUGAACACAGACAUUGGACAUCGCGAUCAGGCCCAUCUUCUUUUCAUGCAAAAUUCAUUUUCCACUCGGUCGCAUUCUAGAUUUCUAUUGAUCUAUAGUUACUAGUCUGGCAAGCGCCAAUGUACCUCCUGUACUCGACCGAGGUCACCAGCCAUCGUGGUUGUGGCUCAUGAAACAGGAUGCGCGCGCGUAGAGUGAGGCUUGUUGAUCGAUGUCCUAGUGGAAGACCUUCUCAGGCAUAAUCUUGCACUUUGCUUUUUAUGCCAGUCAUAUGAAAUGAAUUCACUUUGAUUUGCGGGUUACAGUUUCUUUUUGGUUGAUGUUACGGUGAUGUUAAUUGCUGCCGAUUGUCAGUGAUCAUUCUAUGACAAGGAUGUUGGAGAGCCGUCCAUCCACGAUGAAAAUGGAGAUGUUUGAAUUAGAAUAAUUACGAGGCAUGAAGUUCGCAUGGUUCUUGGGGAAGCCGUCAAGCACAUUCUCAGAGUCCAAGGAGAUCGCUUUUUGCGGCUCGUGAAACUCCCAGCCAUGGGCCAGCUAUACCCGUAGCACAUUCAAUGGACAGGCAAUCGCAACAUUCGCCAGCGACCAUAUAGUCGACCAAGACCUGUCUCGGCCCAAGUUUCGUCGCGAUAUGCUUUGCUCACCGACAAGCCACAGUAAAGGUUGAAUGAGGCGUACGAUAGGCGCCGGUGAAACUAAACGGCGAUGCUGGGCCGCCUUCAGAGGCAGCCUGUCUUCCCUACCAGACAGGCCGAGGUUGAAGAAAGGUCUCUAGAGCACUCGUUGGAGUUUCGAAGUGCUGGGAUAAGUAGUUCCUUGUCUGCUUGUUCCUUGGUAUGCAUUGAACCCUACCCUCUCUACUCGGGCACGUGGGCUUCGGUGCUCUGCAGUCAACGUCAAAAUGUCUCGACAUCUUUCAUAUGGUGGUAGCUCUGGUCGAACUUUUCGAUCGAACAAUCCUGUCUCUCCACUUCCGCAAAGCACUGCCCUUCACUCUUCGAUGUCGAACACUUUUGAACGAGAUGAUCUGCCGCUUGUGAAGGAGGUUACGUCUUGGCGCCCCGAUAUGAAAACAUCAGCUAUGGAGCGUCUUGGAAGAUUUCACGCAGGCGUGUUGAUCAUAACUACGAUAUGCAUGGUAGCCUCCUUGGGCUUCAUAUCUUUCAUCUGGUUUGCCGAUGACAGCAUUUCCGCCUGGAGGAACUUGACAUCCGACAACGAUAUCAACAGAGUCAUCAUUCUAGCUUCCUUGAUUAUCGCUAUAUCUUUUAUGAUACACGCCGUGAUUGCGACAUCUAUGCUGGCAAGUCUCGCAGUCGAAGUCACAGGCAUAUCACUCCCACACUUGGCACCCGUUUCCGCAUUACGAAGUUCCAAUUCGGGUCCUUACUCCCUCGCAUACUAUAUUCUUCGUCCUUCUGUAGUGAGGAGAGACGGUCCAAAGAAACAGCUUUUUAUACCAGCUUUACUCACUCUGUUGUGCUUGACCGCACUUUUAAGUCAAUUUACAUAUUUCGCCCUGCUUUCUGAUAUCACUAUUGGCUUAGUCCCUGGGUAAACUGUAUGUAUCUCUUGAUCGUUCUAACGAUGCUAAUCCGUGGUAGUAAUCCUAUUCCCGACUUUAUCAUGACUAGGUUGGGUCCUGGAGAUUCGUUAAUAUCCGACACCUCUGCUUGGUUCAAAAAGCCUGUUACGUACACAGCAUUUGCAGAUUAUGCCGUCAAGCAAAAUGUCGUUCCACGGUCCCGAGUCUCUGAUACUGGCGUUUCUCUCAGAGCUCUCCUCCCAAUACCACAGAAAGAAAACCGAGUUUCGCUUCAAGAAUACCAAGGCUCUGCGACCGUCCUGGAUACAAGAGUUGUUUGUGUUUCGCCCGAUGCGGCUCUCGACGAAUCGGGCAAUGUUACUUUCCUGGCUGUUCCACAGGAGGUGUUGCAGAAUUAUAGUGCCUCACCUGGUAAUUCCAGACUGCUUCAGGAUCUCACUAGCCGAGCUGUCAUUCCUUCAUCAGGAAUCAAGAUUCUUCCUGACGGAAACUUCACUCUCAACCAGAUCUCAACAGAACUUUCUCGAAGUCUUCUUCUUAGCCAAUUUGACGAAAUACCUGCCGCUGUCAAUGUCCGGGCUAAUACAUUUAAUCAAUACAUCAUCGUCAAUGUACCCGUCCCAUUCCUGAACAACACCAUCCCCAAGCCUCUGGGAAAUCCGACCCAAGACAUCGUGGGUGAUUGGUUACAUUUGGUCUAUGAAGACCUGCCUCGCAAUGUUGUCCGGGGCAAGCCUUUUAUACGCAUUUCGCUAUGCUACAAUGCUCUUUCAGCUGUUGAUAUGGACAUUCAAGCAGCGACGACCCGAUCUCGAAACGAGACAGCACCCCAGCGGACAACAUCUUCCGGCGCAGUGUUCAAUUUUGAAGCCAUUCGAUAUGAGCUCGGAGAAGAACGGGUCGCACCGAAUGACCGUGGUCUACUCGAGAUCAAAUUUCCCGGUGGAACGCCAGUAGGUCCAUUAGUAGGGUCAAACAGCAGCGACUAUAUAUCAAAGGCACAACUGAUGUCACAAGACCCAAACACGACUGUUAACUCCAUCUCUAUGGUGUCUCAACGAGGAGUCGCAAACUCAUCACAUCCUGACGUAGCUUUUCUGUUUAACGAGAUCAUGACCAGUACAUUUGAACCCAGCCUCGGGUUUGCCAUGCAGUCCAUGAUCACAAUUCUGGCACAGACAGCCUAUCAAGAACACCUACCCUUCUUUGGAAAAUCUACGGGUGUUCGUCUGACUCCAUUGACGCACGCAUCAAUACCUGGUGGCCAGAUGGAUAUUUACAGCUCCGCACCUGCUGGUUUUCUUUCAGACUAUAUUGCUGUCGUAGUCGUCACGAUAUUCCACCUUCUUCUUAUGGCUGUAAUAACAUAUCUCUUCCUUUGUCGUAAGUUUGUCUCAAUAUUGACUCAAAUUCCUGACUCUGGCGGAGGACGUCCCUGACUCACCUAUCCAGACACCACCAUCUCCACACUGCACAACACCUGGCAAGCGAUCUCUCAAAUCCAUGAGCCCUUGACCUCGCGCUACCUGACUUCGCACUUCGCUUCUGACACUGAAGUCACACAAUGGACGGUCGAGGACAAGAGGUCCAACAUCAUCGUCCAAAUUACUUCAAAUGAUGACGGAAGAACCACAGGCUUGAAGGAAGUAACAUCAGUUUCUCGGGAUGCAUUUGGCGAUGCGGAGGAAGGAGGCCUGGAGAUCAGUCAUUGGGAUGAGAGGUUACGAGGAGGGUAUUUCCACAAUGAAAAUGUAAGGGCUGGGAGGAGCGUCCCGGGAAGGCAUCCAUGGCAGGGAGAGCGGCCGCCUUGGUCUUGAUGAGAUGAGAUUGCGCAUGACUCAACUAUUCACUGUGAAUGUAGAUCUCCAACAAAUGUAAACAAACCUGCUGAUUUGCCGACGAGGAAGUGUGUUUUGGGUUCAAUUCCUUUCCUUUCCUUUCCUUUCCUUUCCACGCAUCUCUCGCAUGUAGGUACCACAGUACUCGUCCUCUACUGCUGUGGAGCCAGAAUAUCUCUAAGAAAAC